UUCUUUAACAGUCCCAGCAAGUGAUACAUUGUCGAAUGAACAACAAACCACAGCUGCAACCAGUAUACAAGGAACUAAUACUCCGGAGGAAGCAGAAGUAGUGACUGAGUUUGCAAUCCAGGAUAAAUUCAUGGAAUAUUAUCCACAUAUUGUAAUCAUCAAGCCCAUGGGCAAUUCGAUGAAACAGUUUUCCAGCUAUAAUACGCCUCAUUUCGUGCCAUAUAACGAACCCGGAAAACAAUAUCAAUAUUGGAAGGUUUAUACGCCUGGGCAAAUCCUUCAACCAAUAAUGCCGCCUGUAGUUUAUACUGCAAACGUACCCCAAAAUGGGGUACCAAAUCCUGUUAUUGCAAAUCAAGUUGAAAACCCGAUUAAACAACCAGUAAUUAAUCGCCAAGAUUACCUGGAAGCAAAUGCUACCAAGCUACCUGAACCUCAUACCAGGGAUACUGAAUUCGGAACUACUGAAGCGCCAGCAAGUGAAAGCACAGAAAACCUCAGUACCAGUUCCCUUGAACAAACUGGUACUAUUGAACAAACUUCCAAUGAAUCGCCGAUUACCGAAGAACCAACUACAGAAAAUUCUUGCCAGACGCCCAGCGGCGGCAGUGGCGAGUGCAUCUCGGUCUACAACUGUCAAGUUCUGCUAGCCCUGGUCAACAAGAAGGAUAGGACCAGCGAAGAUGUAGAUUUGCUGAAGAGAUCGCAAUGUGGACACGUUGGAAAGACACCAGCAGUGUGCUGUCCCAAAGCUCAGCAGCAAGGGAACUGCUUCACGCCUGAAGGCAAAGUUGGACAAUGCAUCAGCUUGUACUCUUGUCCUCAUCUUGCGAAUAUGCUCAAGCCUCCCGUGCCUGCUGAGAGCAUCAGUUAUGUGCAAAGAUCAAGAUGCGAGGGCCCAGAGCAAUACAGCGUCUGCUGCGGUCCAGCGCCGAGUCGCAACCCAUCCGUGCUGCCUCAAGGCAACUGUGAUUCCAAGAUGUCUGCCUUCCCCCCUGACCCGAGCUCAGGUUGUUGUGGUUUAGACAGCAGAGUGGGCAACAAGAUUGUAGGAGGUACAGCGACAACAGUAGACCAGUACCCCUGGCUGGUUAUGAUCGAAUACGUCAAACUAGGAGUCACCAAACUACUUUGUGGUGGAGCUCUCAUCAGCGGCAAAUAUGUCUUAACCGCUGGACAUUGUGUUGCUGGAGCAGUUCUUGAUAUUGGAACACCUCGAAGAGUACGUUUGGGAGAAUACGACAUUUCCCACGAAGGCGCAGACUGCGCUCCAGUGGAAGCCGGCGGUGAAGACUGUACCGAAGGAGUGACGAGGAUCGAGAUUGAGAAGGUCAUUCCUCAUCCGCAGUACAACCCAGUCAGUGCUUUGAAGAGGAACGAUAUUGCUUUGUUGAGACUGAAGGAGAAUGCUCCGUUCACAGACUUCAUCCGCCCAAUCUGCUUGCCCAACAAGGACUUGACAUUGCCUGAGAAUACUCCUCAAAACUUCAGUUUGUAUGCCGCCGGUUGGGGCGCUGUCAGCACGAGGCAAUCUUUCAGCAACGUCAAACUUCACGUUGAAUUGCCUUUCGUUAGCCAGGAUAGAUGCCAACCUGCCUACAGCCAGCCCGGUCGCAGUGUGACCCUAUGGCAAGGCCAGCUGUGUGCCGGAGGUGUCACCGGCAAGGACUCAUGCAAGGGAGACUCUGGCGGUCCCCUCAUGUUCGAAGAUGGAAGGACCUAUGAAGUCAUCGGUGUCGUCAGUUUUGGACCCGUUCCUUGUGGCAUGGAAGGCAUUCCUGGUGUCUACAGCAAAGUAUACGAAUAUCUGGACUGGAUUAGGACCACUAUUGUUCCUUAAGCUACUUUUAUCUUGACGUGUAGUGACCUAAUCCAAUUCAGAUAUUUUUGGUAGAGAUGCAUUUUUUUUUCUCGAAGUACAAUUUCUUUGUCGUUUUAAGUGUAUGUAGUCAAUGCAAAAGUGAGAUUUGGAGCAUAAUAUUUAAAACUAAAUUUGGGUCACUAUCAGCGUUUAUUUAAUAAUAAGACUCGUCCAUGACUCAACUUGUUAUAUCUGACCGCAAUAAACUGUAAUGAUCAUUUUUUGUUGCAUAGUUUUCAUGAAAUGUUAUAGACCUUUUUGAUACAAAAGAAAAUUUCGCCCUAUCAAUUUGUUUUUGAUUUGAUACUUCAACUAUUUAAAUGUUACUGUCUUUCCGUUUCUUCUGCAUUAAGCGUAAAUUCUGCUCAAGAUUUCCAACAUCGAAUGCGUCACAUUAACUUUUAAGAUUAACAUAAUUUAAGUCAAAUAAGUAUACUUAACUAUUAUUAUGCUUGUUGUUGAACAAGUUAGGAUUGAAGGUUGAUAGUUUUUCAAAUCUUGCGUCACUGUCAUUGACUUUAAUACUAAUUAUAUUUUCUGUAUCUUAUUUCUUACUAUCAAUCUCUUUCCUUCGCUCCGUAGUACAGCUCACGCGAUGCAAAGAUCUCAAGACUGUUCGACUUCAGAUGAGAUAGUUCGUAAGUCAAACAACGUCUAUUGAGAUUACUACUAUUAAUAAAUAAGUGUGAGAAUUUUCACAA